GCAUGGCAACAAUAAUAAAGAAAUAAAAAAAAUUUGACUUUUGUCGUUUGAAGGGUAUAUGAAUUAUGUUUGAUUUGGUGAGAACGUUUUAAUUAAAUCAACAAUAAAAGGGCAGACAGGACCAAACGCAUAAUUUAGCUAUGCGUGACGUGCCAAAAACUCUUAGCAUAACUGUGACAACGCCAGGAAGCAGUGGAAUGCGUUCCGUAACGCCAUCUACAGCAGGCCGACAAAAUAGUUUGGAAGAUAUAAAUUUGGACCAGUUUCUGAAAACGUCCAACUAUGAGGAUACAGUGAAGCAAUUGGAUAUUUACUAUGGAAUCGUUAAACGGCAGUUACUGCGCUUCCAGAGUCCAAUUACUGGUCUGUUUCCCGUAAUGAGCACAGACCAACAGGUUGGUUCUGUGCGUGAUAGUGUUUAUUGUGCUGCUGCUGUAUGGAGUUUAUAUCAAGCCUAUAGACGUAUUGAUGAUGAUCGCGGUAAGUCGUAUGAACUUGGACAAUCCACAGUGAAGUGUAUGCGUGGUAUACUGGAAUGCUGGGUGAAACAGGCAUCACGUGUAGAACUUUUCAAAAAACAACAAUCGAACCAACACGCUUUGCAUAGUAAAUUUCAUUUGCAUACCGGCGAAGAAAUCUAUUCUGAUGAUUUGUACAAUCAUUUGCAAAUUGAUGUUGUGUCAUUGUAUAUAAUAUUUCUGGUGCAGAUGAUUACAUCGGGUUUACAAAUCAUAUAUACUCAGGAUGAAGUGGCAUUCGUACAAAAUUUAGUUUAUUAUGUUGAACGUGCAUAUCGUACACCAGAUUUUGGGAUGUGGGAACGGGGCUCAAAAUACAAUAAUGGCACACCCGAAAUUCAUGCAUCGUCCAUUGGCAUGGCCAAGUCAGCCUUGGAAGCCGUUAAUGGCUGUAAUUUGUUUGGUGAAAAAGGUGCUUCAUGGAGUGUCGUUUAUGUUGAUAUUGAUGCACAUAAUCGUAAUCGUAGUAUUUUCGAAACUAUGCUACCAAGAGAAUCAAGCUCAAAGGGUGUUGAUGCGUCACUUCUGUUAACUUUGUCGUUUCCUGCUUUUGCUUCGCAUGAAGAACGUUUAGUGGAACAAACAAAGCACAAUGUUAUCACACGUUUACGCAGUAAAAAAGGUUUCAAACGCUUUAGUCGAGACGGUUUUCUAAGCAAAUUUGAAGAUAAAAACAGAAGAUAUUAUCACACUGGCGAAAUAAAAGAUUUCGAAGGCAAUGAGUGCGAAUGGCCACUCUUUUUCAUUGUGAUGAUAAUCGAUGGUGUCUUUAAGAAUAACAAUGAGCAAAUUGAAGAGUAUCAAAAUGAGUUGCGCUGUUGCUUGCACACCGAUGCCUAUGGCGAUCCAGUCGUUACCAUGUACUAUGCACCUGACGGUGAAGGUUCCUAUGUAAGAGCACCCUCGCAAUCACUAUUUCUGUGGGGGCAGUCACUAUUCAUCAUAGCCCAACUGCUUACAGCUGGUCUGUUGCACAUCAAUGAACUGGAUCCCAUUCGUCGUUAUUUACCCAGCUACAAUCGACCUCGUCGUGCCGGUCGCUAUUCUGCUUUUCAGGCUAAGCCGGGCACUAAUCCAAGAGUACCUUUAAUUCUGGAUGCAAUAAAGGGCACUGCAACCGAUUUGGUAGUGCAAAUUGUAUUGAUCGCCGAAUCAAUGCGUUUGCAAGCUAUGAUGGCAACUUAUGGCAUUCAAACUCAAACUCCACAUGAGGUUGAACCUGUACAAAUAUGGUCCUCCACCGAACUGAUAAAAGUUUAUCAACAUUUGGGAGUAAACAAUAAAGUCGCACUUUCGGGUCGUCCACCGCGUCCUGUUGGUUCUUUGGGGACUAGUAAAGUAUAUCGCAUAUGCGGCAUGACUGUGCUCUGCUAUCCACUAAUAUUCGAGGUGUCUGAUUUUUACUUAUACCGCGAUAUGGCAUUGCUAAUAGACGAUAUUAAAACCGAGCUGCAAUUUGUCGGAAAAUAUUGGCGUCUAUCAGGAAGGCCAACAGUGUGUCUGUUAAUACGUGAAGAACAUAUGCGAGAUCCGCAAUUUAAAGAAAUGUUGGAUCUCUUGGCUAUGUUAAAGAAAGGUUAUUGUGAUGGCAUGAAAGUGCGCAUAGGGCGAUUACAAAAUUUAAUCAGCAGUUCUUGCAUAGAACAUUUGGAUUUUAUGAAUCAAAGUGAUUUGUCAGACAACGAGAAUGCCUUUGCACAGAUAAAUCACGAAUAUAUUGGCUAUCAAUCAUUAACCGAUGUACCUAAAGCACAAACCUAUACUGAAGAAAAAGUUUCUGUUGAGCAUUACAAUUUCAAACCAACACAUGAAAUUAUUGAAGCACUCCGUAAUACUGAGUCAAUAUACUCACUCUGUCAGUUAUGGGGUAUACUUUUAAAUAGAGAAGGUCCAAACUUUGAAGUGAAUGGUCUUAGCGUUAACCAAGCACUAACACAACUUUAUCAUCGUGCUGGCUCCCUGCGUUAUUGGCGUGCUGUACGUUACUGCUCAUCUUUACUACAUCAUAUAGUUGAUUCUAUAAGUCCUUUCAUAACUACUGUAUUAGUCAAUGGCCGUGAAUUAACUGUUGGCGUUAUUGGCCAAAAAGAAACAGUUUUUGAUAAACCUAUGACACCGGCUGAAAUUAAAAAUGUUAUGUACACAACAGUACAGCCGUACAAUGUCAUUCAAGCUGUGCUGCAGCAAGAAGUUGUUCUUUAUUGUGGACGCUUAAUAGCUACGAAUCCAUCAAUGUUUAAGGGAAUACUUAAGAUACGCAUUGGUUGGGUUUUGGAAGCUAUGCGCAUAUAUUUACAAAUCUCAGGUCAGCAACAAAUCGAUUUAGAUAAUUUGUCACCAUACCAAGUACGCAUAUUGCUGCAAAAGGUGCUAACGGUUAGCGAAUGGGCAGUCGAAGAAAAGCUUACAACCCUACAAAGACGUCAAUUGGAAGGCUGUUUAUGUCGUGUGCCAAAACAUUUUUAUAAUUUAAUUUGGGAGAUAUUACAACGUACACCGCAAGGUAUAUCUACGCAGGGCCAUUUACUACCUGCAUCACCCACGCUCACUAAUAUGAGUCGUGGAGAAUUGACGUUCUCCCUACUCGUGGAAGAAACAUUGAUUUGUAUUGACAAACCGGAACGGCGCCAAAUAACUGUAGAACUAUUACGAAUUAUUGCGACAAUUUUAAGUCGCAAUCCAGAAUUACACUUCAAACAAGCCUUGGACUUGGACGACAUAUUAUGUGAAGCCUUUUCGAUGUAUUGCAAGGAUAAUGGCAUAGAACACAAGGAAGAUUUGUCACCAUUCUAUUCAUUAAUCUUCACUGAAACAACAGGUUACUUAGCGCGUGCCGCUGUAAACAAGGUUUUACAAGGCGGAGCGCUCUCUGCACAAGACGAUGAAACCGAUGCCAAUGUUGAUCAUGUUCACGACGAGACCUGCAAAGUCUCCUAAGUUUUAUAAGUUUGCUGGUAUCCUUUUAAGAAAGCAUAGCUUCAUUACUUAAUGAUAUAUUUUUUAAAGUUCUUAAACGCACCUGUAGUUAUAAUUUCUAUUGUUUUAGUGUUAAGUAAUCUCAAUUGUGACACUGAAUUACUUCAAGUUUUUACUUUAGUUGCAACAUCAAUAAUCUUUAAAAUCGAUUUUUAAUAUCAUAAUUUGUUUUGUUAUUAGUUUCAUUUGCUAUUAUAAUCUUUACACUAAUUUUGUUAUUGUAUUAAUUAUAUAAAUUGAAUUGAUUAAUAAAAUCGAGAGAGAUAUUAUUUAAAAUUUUAAAA